AUGCCGCCCGCCACCGGCGCCGUCGCAUCCGCGGCCGCUGACUCUCCCCCCGCCGCCGGGACCGUGCUCCUCGGGAGGUACGAGCUCGGCGGCCUCCUGGGUCGCGGCGCGUCCGCCAAGGUGUACCUGGCGCGGGACUUGCUCACGGGCCGGUCUGUGGCCAUCAAGUCGUUCCCCAACCCGCGCGCCGCCGCCAGCGCCACCGGUGACCGGCCCGUGGCCAUCGAGCGGGAGGCAGGCAUCCUCCGUCUCCUGCGGCACCGCCACGUGGUGCGGCUCCACGAGAUCCUGGCGACGCGCAAGAAGGUUCACUUCGUGCUGGACCUCGCCGGCGGCGGCGAGCUGUUCUCGCUCGUGGACGCGUCGGGCCGCAUGACGGAGGACCUGGCGCGGCACUACUUCCGGCAGCUGGUGUCCGCCGUGCGGUACUGCCACGCGCGCGGCGUGUACCACCGCGACAUCAAGCCCGAGAACCUCCUGCUCGACGAGGCCGGCGCGCUGAUGGUGGCCGACUUCGGGCUCGGCGCUGUGGCCACCGCCACCGACGGCGCCGCGGAGGACGGUAGUCUCCUCCGGCACACGAUGUGCGGCACCCCGGCGUACGUGGCCCCCGAGAUCCUGUCGCGGAAAGGGUACGAGCCGGCGAAGGUGGACAUCUGGUCCUGCGGCGUGGUGCUGUUCGUGCUGGCGGCGGGUUACCUCCCCUUCAACGACGCGAGCCUGGUGAACAUGUACCGCAAGAUCUACGCGGGCAGAUUCCGGUGCCCCGCGUGGUUCUCGCCGGCGCUGCGCGACCUGCUGCGGCGCGUGCUGGACCCGGACCCGUCGGCGCGCAUCGACGCGGACGGCAUCGUGGCGCACCCGUGGUUCCGCCACGGCGCCAGCGACGAGGAGCUGGGCCGCCUGAUGCACGGAGGUGGUGAGCAGGAGGAGGCAUGGUUUGGGCCGGCGGAGUUCAAGGCGGACGAGGAGGACAGGGAGCCGACCGCGUUCGACAUCCUCAGCUUCUCCCCGGGCUCCGACCUGUCGGCGCUGUUCGUGGGCGGCGGCAAGGAGCGGGUGUUCGUGGCCGAGCCUGCCGCGGCGGUGCUGGCCCGCGUGGAGGCGGCUGGGCGGAAGGGCGGGUACCGCGUGCGGAAGGACGGGAAGAGGGCCGGCGGUGGACCCGUGUACGUGGAGGACGAGGAGGGCGGCGGCGGCGGCGUGGUGGCCAAAGUGAGCGUGUUUAGGCUCGCGGACGCCGUGUCCGUGGUUGAGGUGGUGAAGGGCGACGGCGCCGAUGCCGCGCUGUUCUGGACCGAGCUGCUGGAGCCGGCCGUGAAGCCCCCGGUGGUGAGCUGA